CAUAUGAUGAACAUACUAGGCGGGUGCAAGAAAGGCCUCUUUAUUAUCCCCAAUUUGCCCAUGCAUCCUCUCUCUCUCUCUCUUUCUAAGAGUGGAGCGGUGUAUAAGAGCACUGUACUGUACAGCACCGUGCGGUCUGAAGCAUCCGUCUCACCUUGUCGAGAAAAGCAAAGAAAGAGCACGGGGAAGAAACGGAAGAAAGCAAGGAGAAAAAGAAAAAGAGAAGGCGGGGAAAGGGGGGGGGGCGUGGUUCUGUCCUGGAAAAAAAUGCAAAUCGAACCAGCAAGCAGGAAAGGAAGAAAUAUUAAAAAGGUAUUAUUAAUAAGGGGGGAAAAAGGAAAGUGGCGAUGGAGCGGGUUUUUCUGUGAAUCUUAUUGCCAAGAUCACGAUAGAUACCCGAAAAGCGCGGCGGGGUAAGUCCAGAUGAAAACUUUUACUUUUGGAACGAAGGGAGGGGUAAAUUGAGGGCCCGGUUGGAGUACGUACGUGUCCACGCACGUUUGGCAGUUGAGCUGUAUUAUAAUUGACCUCUUGGGAUGAGGGGCACG